GCGACGGUUGUGAUCAGUUAGUGGGUAUGUAAGAAGUGUUUCUGUGUUUUCCAUGUUAAUGACAUGAUUUUUAGUGAUUGGAAUAGUUUUUGAUUGUUUUAUUAAAAUAUAUGGUUUUAUGAACAUUUCUUGGAUAAUAUGGACAACGUAUCAGUAUCAAAGGGUGUCUUUGUACACAAAGGUGCUUAUAAGAUUGGGAAUAAACAAACAAAAUUUGAACCACCAGAUUAUUUAAAUGCAUCAUGGUAUCUUACUUAUAAAGAAACAUGGGAAAGCAUUCAAAAUGCUAUAGAGGCUAUAAGGUCCAAUAUGUUUCAACAAGUUUUAAAUGAUUUAGAAUCUUUUGUUUCCAAGAUUAAAGAUAAACCAAUAGAGGAAUUUCAGAAUGAGAUACAGACAGCUAUUUUAUUAACUGGAGUUAAUGUUUCUGAUCACAAGAUAAUGUUUCAAAGAGUAGUUUCUAAGCUAAAACCAAUAACAAAUCAUAUCGCUGUUAUAUGGGAUAGAGACUCGAAUAAUAUAAAGAAUCUCACAGAAGAAUCAAUUUAUCAGUUGAUGAAUAAUGAAAAGGAUGAUGAAGGUAUACAAAUUAAGAAAAUCCACUGUCAUAUGAGGAAUCUAAAAUUAUGGCACCAAAAAAAUUGUGAUCGAAAUGAUCCUCUGGUUAUAAUGAUAACUGAUUUUGAAAGUUCUUCUCCUGCGGUACUGCAUGAUUUUAUUUUAAUAUUGAGUUCAUAUGUCAAUUCAAUGAAAUUUGUUCUUAUUUUUGGUGUUGCAACUACUUUACAUGCCAUCCAUAGAUCUUUAACAUACGAUGUUACAUCAAAAUUGAAUGUUCAAGUAUUCCAUAUGCAAAAACAAAUUAAUAUUUUGUCAGAUGUGUUAGAAAAGACUGUUUUUUGUACAAAUAUCCCAUUUAAGUUGACUGGACGCGCGUUUCAAUUUUUAACGGAUAUCUUUUUGUUUUAUGAUUUUUCGGUAGAGAAUUUUUUACAAAGUUACAAGAUAUGUAUGAUACAACAUUUUUACGCAAACAAUAUAAAUUCUCUCUGUUGUCAACCACAAAAGAUAAAAAGCAGGAUUUCUUCUUUAACAGAUGAGGAUUGGGUGGAAAUUAAAAAAUUGCCUUCUAUAGAAAAAUAUAUUAAACAACUUACGAAUGAUAAAAACAAAGAUGAAUUGCUUGAUGAUAAUAAGUUUAAGGAAACGCUGACGCAGCUCUUAAAUAAUUUUCAUCAAUAUAUGCACCGAUUUUUGUUAAUACUCAAGUGCCUGCAUGAUCUCAUGUCGACAUUACCAAAUGCACCAAUGGGUAAACAGCUACGUGAAUAUUACACAAAAGCAGUUUAUAUGAGUGAUUUGAGAGAAUCUCAAGAGUACAAAGAAUGCCUGCAAUUACUAAGUUUUCUAUCCAAGAAGGAAUUUCUUGAAAAAUUGAACUCUUUUACAACAAUUAUGGAAAAUUCGAAGGACUCAGUUAUGAAGAAAGUUAAAGCAGAUCUACAGGACCGUAUAAAAACAAUCGAGGAAGCUAGUUUAGAAGUAGCUUCGAAACCUGUCGAUAUCGUUUCUACCGGUGAAAAACUCAGUCGACUUCAAUUGAAAGAGAAAUUAUUGAAAAUGUCCCAAACGCAAUCUCGAUCGCCCUAUAAGAUAGCUCAACAGGAUUUGAUUGAUUAUUUAGAUCAGAAAGUGUUUUCUGUGUACCUCAUCAAUCCUCAUUACGUACCUGGGAACGAAAUAUUUUGCUUCAAUGAUGGAAAUUUAGCGAAACAACAUGUUCGUGGAUCUUUGAGAGCAGCGAUACACACGGGAUUGAACGAUCCACAUGUGUACUUAAAUUGCGAGUGCUGCAAAUUGGAGAACGACGACGCCAUCCCAUCCACGCUGCCUGACCUCAGUAUAAUUUACAAGUUGCACUUAGAAUCCAGGAAGCUGAUCAAUAUGUACGACUGGUUACAGGCAUUUUUAAUUAUCGUGGAUCCAGUGGGUAGUACAAAGGAACAACGGGACGUGGACCCAAAAUUACAAGCUCGUUUUACUCAAGCAGUCGCCGAAUUGGAGUUCCUUGGUUUCAUCAAGAGCUCACGACAGAAAACGGACCACGUUAAGCGACUCACAUAAUUAUUUUAUUUAUUUCUUAGUCGAUUUCCUUGUUUUUAUUUUUUUUUAUUUAUAAAUUUCACUUAUUGCUUGAUUUAUUAUAUGUAAGGUAUAUUUUCAAUUUUCUAAAUUUAUGUUAUGUUUUAUUUUUGUGCAGAGAAAUAUUUCUCAAUUUUUUUACAAAUGUAGCUUAUACACACAUUUGGAUCAGUACACGUGAAAUUUAUUUUGUACUUUUGUAACCUGCAUUUUAAUAAAAAGAAAGAAAAAGAAACAGGGAAUGAUAUUCUGUCAUUUUUAUUUUCUUCCAAGAAAUAUUUUCCAAUCUUUUUCGUUUAUAAGUCUCUUUUCUAUGUAUUGUUCUAUGUGUUCCAUGUAUUAUACUUUUCUAGCGUGAAUUCUAGGACAAAAAAGAAAGAUAUCGCGUAACUUUCUUUUUUUUUCACAGAAAUGUUUCUCAACUCUUUUUAAUUUUUAAAUUUACCUUAAGUCCAUAUUAGCUUAUUAUAGAUAAGGUUUAUUAUAUAUUUUUCUUCCUUCUUUAAUAAAAAAGGGAGAGAAGUGGAAGACGAUAUCAUGUAACUUUUAUUUUUUAUUUUUUUCCAAGAAAUAUCCUUUAACAUCGCGUAGCGUGCAGAAGUUUCCGGACAAGCACUUCCGUAGCUUCGAAAGGGGAAAGCUAAGAUGAAAUUUAGAUAACACGGGAGAAUAGUAUGCUGGGAAGGAAAAACAGAAAGUACGGUCGAGAAACGUUCUUAUUUAUGAGUAUAAUUAUAAUGAUUAGGGAUAACUGCGUUACCUUUUCCACGUUCUAACUAUCAUUAGAUAGACUAAUGUCUGAUAAUACACGUAUACGAUCGGUGUACUACGUUCUGAAGAACUUCGAGGGGUAGUUUCAAAUGAUAAUAGUCAAUUUGAAAGGCUGACAAUUAUUUGCAAACUGCAACUUUUAUCGCUUCGAAAAUUGAUAUUUUAUAAAAAUUGUAUAUUUCACGAGAAUACAGCUUCGUAGUAAUUUGAAAUGACGAUGGAAAAACUUGACGUGUAAGUAUUCGAAAUCAUUAAUCAUUCUUACCCUAU